AGCUGGUUUCACUCGUAGUAUUUACAUAGCACGCGUCCCGGCGAAGAAUCUAGUCUCGAAGCUGCCACACCGGAUAUUUUACUGCUAUGACCUCCAAACGAGCGCAGAAUGAGUGCAACAACACGGACGAGUUUAAAAAGAAGAAGAGGAAGAGUUGCGAGCAGAGCGCCCAGCUGUGUCCAGGUGUGGAGGACGAGCAGGUGAAGACAGCCGUGAAGGAGGCAUGGAACCGCCGGACUCACUACAGCAAGGGAGACUUGGAGCUGGACUGCCACCCUUUCCCUCACUGCAUCAUCAGGAACUUCAUCAGCUCUGAAACGUUCACCGAAAACCUCCAGAGAGAAUUGCUGGAGCUCAACUUUCACGAGAAAUCAAAUGAUCUAUACAAGUUCAAACAGUCAGAUGACUUGAAGAAAAGAAAAGAGCCACAUAUCACAGGACUGAGGACAGCACUGUUUGGGCCAUUUCGCUCCUGGCUGGGGGAAGUGCUGGGGGUAGAGCUGGAGCCCACAGUGGAUAUUUCUUGUGCCAAAUAUGAAUACACAGAUGUUCUUUUGUGCCAUGAUGAUGAAUUGGAGGGGAGGCGUGUCGCUUUCAUUUUGUAUCUGGUGCCCCCAUGGCAGAGCAGCGACGGGGGAACCCUCGACCUUUACUCAACAGACAGUCAUUUCCAGCCACAGAGUAAAAUGAAGUCGUUGGUACCCUCGUGGAACACACUCAUCCUAUUUGAAGUUUCCCCAGUCUCUUUUCACCAGGUGUCAGAGGUUUUGUCACAGGACAAGUGUCGCCUGUCCCUGAGUGGCUGGUUUCAUGGACCCUCUUUGGAACGACCUCCUCGUCACAUAGAGCCGCCCAUUCCGAGGAACCCACACUUACCGAGAGAUGAGACUUUGCUGAUGGAGUGGGUCAAUCCGCAGUACCUGGACAUUUCUUAUCAGGAGCAGAUCCAGACAGAGUUCGAAAACAGCUCUGAGAUUCAGCUCAAAGAUUUUGUUAGGGAGGAAAAGUUCAGGGAGGUGCGUGAGGCGCUUAGAUUGGCUGAGAUUCAGUGGAUGAAAAGAGGUCCGCCUAAUAAGAGGCAAGGGAUGUUUGAGAGAUUAGCCUACUUUGUUCCAAGCACACCUAUGUGUUGUGGAGAAGUGCGUCGCUGGUCUCAUGGCAGCUACACGCUGUUGCACGAUGCAGAGGCAGCACAAGCAGAGUAUGCUUUAGACCUCGUGUUGCCUUUUGGCUGUGCAGACUGGCUGUCAGAGUUUGGGGGUUUCACGUGUUAUGUUGCCAAUGAAGAGGACGAGGAGCUUCUGACAGUGUAUCCAGAGGACAAUUCUCUUGCUCUCGUCUACAGGGACAAAGAAACUCUCAAAUUUGUCAAGCAUGUGAACCACAAAAGCUCCUCUGAUGGCAGUUCAACCUGCAGGGAGUUUUAUGACUUUUCUUUCACCUACUAUGAAUAAAUAUAUACAUGUGUACAUGUGUUGUAAACAG